AGAGAGAGAGAGAGUUCGAUGCUCGUGCAUUCAGUUCUUUGCUGAUCAAAGAUGUCUUCCGUGACAUUAACAUGGAUCAACUUCAUCGUUCAUUUUAUUUUGAUCUUUCUUCGAACAGAGGGACAACUUUUCGAAGGAAGUCGAUGCUCGAUAAAUGGAAACAGCGGUAUUUGUACAAUUUUACCGAAAUGUACUGUUAUAUAUAACGAGUUACUAUCCGGAAAACCACCAGAACGUAUUUGUGGAUACUCGAAUUUCGAUCCCAUUGUUUGUUGUCCUAAGGAUGGACAAUCUAAUCGUGACACAACAUCGACGUCAACUACUACUACUACUACUACUACUACUACUACCACCACUACUACUACAAUACGACCAGUGCAACCUAAUGAAAAUGAUCGAGGUGCUCUUGCUCGAGCAAAAUGUCAAGAAUAUUCUCAAUACGUAUAUGAACUUCAAUAUCCACCACUUUUAACAUUCAAUGCAAAACCAGUCAACAUUUCGGUAUGCGGUGUUAAGGGUAAGACAUUGAUAGUAGGUGGUACUAUAGCACUUCCAAAAGAAUUUCCUCACAUGGUUGCAAUCGGUUACGACAGUAGCGAAGGUAUUCUUUGGAAUUGUGGUGGGACUUUGGUUUCCGAGAGAUACGUUUUAACAGCCGCCCAUUGCACAUAUUCACAAGAUUGGGGUGGUGCUAGUUGGGCUAGAGUAGGCGAUCUAAAUCUGGCAAGAACGGACGACAACGCAAGACCAAAAAAUUACAGAAUAAUCAAAAGAAUUAGAUAUCCCAAAUAUAAAAUACCUUCGCAGUAUCACGAUAUCGCACUUUUCAAAUUGGAAGCUAACGUGGAAUUCAACGCAUACGUUAGACCGGCUUGUUUACAAACUACUUUACCAGAUGCACCUGAAAAUAAAGCGACCGCAACCGGUUGGGGUUUGGUAGACUGGCAAGACGAAACUGGAUCGGAUAAUUUAUUGAAGGUCACUUUAAAUAUCGUACCUCAAUCAUCUUGCAAUGAAAGUUUCAACGAUGGUAUAGAUAUUCAAUUGUUACGUGGCAUCGUUGGUGAUUGGCAACUUUGUGCUGGUGGAUUAAAAAAAGACACUUGUCAGGGUGACAGUGGUGGUCCAUUGGCGAUUUUUAACGAGGAACAUUAUUGCAUGUAUAAUGUCAUUGGUGUUACGAGUUUAGGAAGAUUAUGUGGUAGCAAUAUUCCAGGAGUAUAUACCAGAGUUUACAAUUAUAUCCCUUGGCUAGAAAGUGUGAUAUGGGGUGAAAAUAAUUAAUAUUCUAUUUACAUCUAAUAAAUGCAUCCUUUUGUACCUUAUUAUUAAUAAAUCGAAAUAUACGUGCAUCGAAAUAUAA